AUGGCUGAUCCAUUAUCUGCAGCUGGUAGUGCAGUAGGCGUCAUCUCGCUUGGCCUCACUGUUUGUCAGGGAGUGCUAGCUUACUAUGGGCCGUUUAAAGCAUUCCACGAGCAAGUCGACGAGGUCGCCUGUCGAAUUGCUGCCUUGGAUGGCAUAUUAAAAGCGCUGCAGCAUGUUCUCACCGAUGCCCAUGUACUGUCCGCCUCUGAAACAGCUCCAUCUGCAGCAGUGGGAAUCGAUACUAUUCUGGACUGCCAAGAAGGACUCAACAAACUGAGAAAAAUGCUCGAGAAAUGCGACAAGACAAAACAAGCCGGUAGCUCGAUCGCGCCUAAGAAACGGAUUGAUCGGCUGUCAUAUCCUUUCAGGCGCGAGACACUUAAGGCACUUAUGGAAACAACGAGCUGGUUGCAGGCCAACCUUGAUACCUCACUGCAAAUGCUGAAUAUGUAA